CACUGCGGCCCGCCCAGGGCCUGCCCGCGCCGCCCGGGGCCGGCUCCGCAGCGGCGGCCGUUGCUGCAACCGCCGCCGCCGCCCGUGCAGCGCCGCCGCCGAUGCCUCCUCCUGCGGGGGCUCGGCGAGGAAAAUGGCGCCGUCCCACGUCCUCAAGUGCUGCCAGAAGGUGCUGGCCUGGGUGCCCGUGGCCUUCAUCGCCCUGGUCGUGGCCUGGUCGUACUACGCCUACGUGGUGGAGCUGUGUGUGUUUACUAUUUCUUCAACUGCAGAAAAAGUUGUGUACCUUGUGGUUUUUCAUCUGUCAUUUGUCAUGUUUGUAUGGUCGUAUUGGAAGACAAUUUUCACAUCUCCUGCAUCCCCCUCCAAUGAGUUCUGCUUGUCAAAAGCUGAUAAAGAACAAUAUGAAAAGGAAGAGAGACCAGAAUCCCAGCAGGAGAUUUUGAGAAGAGCUGCUAAAGACUUGCCUAUCUAUACAACAACAGCAUCAAGAGCCAUCAGAUACUGUGACCGAUGCCAGCUAAUCAAACCUGACCGCUGCCACCACUGUUCUGCAUGUGACAUAUGUGUACUAAAAAUGGACCACCACUGUCCAUGGGUGAAUAAUUGUGUGGGAUUUUCUAACUACAAAUUCUUCCUCCUGUUUUUAAUGUAUUCCUUACUGUACUGUCUGUUUGUUGCUGCUACAGUCUUGCAGUACUUCAUAAAGUUCUGGACAAAUGAAUUGCCAGAUACCCAUGCAAAAUUCCAUGUACUAUUCCUUUUCUUUGUGGCAGCCAUGUUCUUCAUCAGCAUACUGUCGCUCUUCAGCUACCACUGCUGGCUAGUUGGCAAAAACAGAUCAACAAUAGAAACAUUCCGUGCACCCACGUUUCGAAAUGGCCCUGAUAAAAACGGCUUUUCUCUUGGAUGUGGCAAAAAUCUGAGGGAGGUUUUUGGAGAUGAAAAGAAGUAUUGGCUGCUCCCUAUUUUUACCAGUUUGGGCGAUGGGUGUAAUUUUCCAACUCGUUUGGUGAUUAUGGAUCCAGAGCAACUAACUGUCUCGAGCCAAAAUGAACCUGCCAAAAGCUCUGGAGCCGGUCAGCCCUUUCCUCCUCGACCACUCAGUGAAUCACAAAAUCGAUUGCUAGCCAGUGAUGGUCAAUGGGUAGAAAGUGGCCCUGAAGAGGAAAAUGUUAAAUCAGGUACAAAAAAGCAUAUUAUAGUUUCAUUGGAAAGCUGAUCUCAGCUUAUUACUAACCAACCAUCUCAAUGAGAAACAGGUUUCUGCAACACAUUUUGUGCUUGAAUAUUACUUAAUUUUGUUUGGAAGAAGUUGACCAGUAAAAAAUGGAACAUGAGCAUUUUAGGAAGAGACAAGAAAUUCAAGUUUCUGCACAGUCCAAUGGAUUCUUGUAAGCACUAUUGCAGAGCAGGGAAGUUAAGACAGAUGCCUUAAGAUUCUUAACGUGCAUUUAUGCAGCACUGAAUUAUAUAUAUACUGCUACCAAAGGGCCAAAUCCUGAAGUGCCCUGCUUGGAUGCACAAGGUCCAGAGUGGGAACUAUGCAUUUCUGUUAUGCUGCGGUGGUGGGGGUUAGAUCUGCAAGGACUCCUACCUCCUCACAGGCGAACUUCACACCUUAGGCACUGCAGAAGUCACUUCCAUAGCAGGUUCUGCAGAGAACAGAAAGAAAGAAGAAAAUAAAAUAAAAAAGAGGGGGAGGGUUUGGAUUGUGGGGGGUUGACAUAGAGUGUGGCCGAUGAGUCUGAAGUGCAACUGUCUAUAGCACAAACACCGGGUUUUGUUGAAAGGAAGGGACUGGGUGACGUAUUCAUGGUUGUAGCUCUCCAAGUAUGUCAGGGUCAGGACUGAGGAUUCCUUCUACUGGCUGUACUAUGGAACAAGGCAAUGCCAACAAAGCAAAAGCCUUUUACUUGGUGUUGCUUUUUUGCUAUAGAAUUGAGCCCCCUCAUCCUUUUAACUUGAUUUAUUUAACCAUAUCAAGAGCAUAGCUCAAAGAAGUGAACUGUCUUUUGGCUGCAAGUACACAGAUUAUUACUUUUCAACAGUUGCCUAUCAGCAUACAAAGAAAAGCCAACCCAGAAAGAAAUUAACAAACCGUUACAUUUUGUGUUAAUGUGGCAGUGUUCUGUAUGAGACAGUAACAAAAUGGCAAAGUACCCCUGAGAAAAAGGUUAGUGCAGUUGUGUGUUGUUAGCAAAUGGAACUGGAAGAGUACUGCUUUUUAUAUGGGACUCUUGAUGGUUUAUAAAUACUGUUUUAUACUUUUGUUUUAUCUUUUUAAUAAAGGCACAAGUUUUUAUUGGUUCUAAAGUACCAUUUAAACAAAUUUCAAGUAAUUAUGAGAAAAUUAGUGUUGGAUCAUGCACUUGUGUUACCACACCAAAACUUUGUAUGCUUUAGUCUGCCACUUUCAAGUCUAUUUUAAGCGAUACUGAACUGCUAAAGAUGAGUGCUUUGUGUAAUGAUGUACCUUGUUCACAAAAGGCAAAAUGUGUUCCCUGUGUGAGGAAUAAAUUCCAUCAUAAGCUCAAGACCUACAGCAAAGGACAUGGUUUUGUUCAUUUUCUCUUGCUCCUCUAUAGAGAAGACUGCUACUUCAUCUUUGCGUGUUAUUGGCGUUUUGCACCUGGCAAACGUGAAAAAUAGUUUUACUGUCUGGAGCUUUUCUGAUGUUCAGCUGAUGCUGAUUACAAAUCGAUGUAAACUGUUCUGAUACAAACUGAAGGUGGUAGCUGAAGUGAUGAUGUGGACAAAAGGAACCUGUUUGGUUUCUCUACCAGACUGGUUGCUACUUAAGUUCAGUAUGUUUGAUGGAAAUACAAGGGUAUCAACUAUACUGUAAGGCUUAAACAAAUGUUUUCUUUGCCUUUGGAAAGCAUAAAUUUUCUUAAAUGUUAAUCUUCUGGAACAAGAACACUUCAAGAAUCUAUGGGCAUGUUUUGGUCACUGUGGAGUAUUGUUGACACAGAAGUAAUGGUCCAAACUUGGCAUGUUAUGUUUAGAAGUUGCAAAAUGUGUCUUUGUGUGAUAAAUUCUGCAUUUGCUAAUUUUAAAACUUAAAAAACAUUUGCUAUGCAUUAAUCUGGAAGAUUUAGCUAUUUUUUUCCUCAAAUGUCAAGUGCAAAGUGCUCAUCUGACUAUCAGCUUUCAGCAAUACUGACAUGUUGAGCUCACAAAGAGAGAAUGCAUCAGCAGAAUUUCUUGGGAAGAGAACAGAGACGAAAGACACCGAGCUCAAAUUGCUCACUCUAAAUACCAAAAUGUGCAGCCCUAAACACUGGUGGAAUUGUAAUUGAGGGCCCUGGAUAUAAUCUCUUACUGGAUCAGUGUAUUACAGCGGAGAUAAAUACAUGCAUAGUCAUUCCCUAGCAGAAUUAGAAACAAAAUCUCUGUGAUGUGGUAAACCUCACAGAUCCGGCAGUAUAGCCUCUGUCCUUUCCCAGCCCCCCAAAGUGCUCAGAAUAUAUUCAUAUGAACGCAUGUAUGCUGUAGGCUAACAUCAAUAUAACAUGUUUGAUUUCUUCAGCCAGGGUAGUUAAUCUACAGGGGAAAAAAAAAUGCAGGUAAGCAGGCUGGGCUAAAUCCAUGUGUGUUCUGUAGCAAAUCGGUUCAUGUUUUGGUGGUGCUUCUUCAAGAGCUGAUGGUUCCGACAUCUUUUGCAAAU